AUUCAACCGCCUAGGACAGGUAAGAUUAACAUUGCAUCGAUAUCGUCCCGGUUUUUAGAAGUUUAUCUAAAUUGUGUCGGCGCAUAUUGCUUCAGUUGGCGAUUUAUUUCUCGGACAGUACUGGCUGGGGUAAUAUAACGUAUGAAAUUGCAUUCGCAACAUGGCAAACAGUUACCUUUCCUCUUCGAUUCCAUUAAAUUCGCCCUAUAUCACAUUCCCCGACUUGCUGAAAAGAAGAGCAAAUGAAACACCAAACAAAGCUGCAUAUAUAUUUAUUGACGAAGAGAAGAAAAAAACCGUUUUGACGUUUCAAGACCUUUACACAAAGGCUGUUAAUUUUGCAAAAGCUUUGGUAAGUUUUGGAUUCCAAAAAGGGGAUACCAUUGGUCUAAGUGGAAGAAAUGUUCCCGAAUGGCUGAUUGCAAAUUUUGGCAUACAAAUGGCAGGAGGGUGUGUUCUAUGUCUACCAUUUUGCUACAAAUCAAGUGAUCUUGUUAGGCUACUCAAUAGUCUUGCACCUGUUAAAGCUUUGAUAAUAGAUCCGGGUUUGGACGAUGAUAACUUAGAAACCGCUAUGAAAAUCACUAAUCAUGCAUAUUCUGAUGGCAAAACAAGUUCUGAUGAUGUACCUACCCUGGAACAUUUGAUUCUUUUCAAUCGAAGCAAAAAAGCAUCAAUUAAAUGCACGGUGGACGAUUUAUGCACCAAAGAGUUUGAAGUUGACUUACCCCGACUCGACCCGGAGGAUUUAGGACUCAUUCUUCUGACAUCAGGCAGCACGGGCAUUUCAAAGGCAAUUCCACAUUCCCACCAUGUAUUAGUUAUCAUGUGCUGGCUUUUCGUGGGGAUAUCUGAAUCAAAUAACGAUUCUGACAUUUUCUAUAGUGAUAGGGCUUUCUUUUGGGGAGGCGGCUAUCCCCAGUUUGAGAUGGGAUGUGGUGCAACCCGGGUUACCCUUUGCAAUUCUUUGCAGUUUCCUUCAGCAUUCGAUGCAACUGAAGCUGUAUGUGAGAUAAUCAUGAACGAGAAGGCAACGUUAGCAUACAUGGUUCCUUCGAUGCUAGAAAUCAUCCUGAAAAGAAAAAUGCCUUUAAGAAUCAACAAAAUUAUUACAGGCAGUUCUCCUGUUUUCUCAUCUCUUUUAGAAUGCAUUGGGGAAAUGUGCGAUGAACUUCAGGUUGUCUAUGGUAUGACUGAAAUUGCUGCAAUUGCUUCUAUGACGUUCAAUGCAGAAAAUAAAACAGGCUUGAAUGGUCUAUUGAGUCUCAGGCCCUUACCUGGGGUUGAAAUGAAGGUUACGGAUGACGAAAGAUUUUUGCAACCGGUUGGAAAGAGAGGCAACAUCUACAUAAGAACAGUAAAAAUAUUUAAUGGGUACCUUAACCAUAAAUGCCAACCUAGUUUGGAAGAUUAUUUGUUAAAAAGUGGUUGGAUGUUUUCAGAAGAUGGUGGUUAUGUAACAGAUGAGAAUACCAUCGUGGUUGAAGGUAGAUUCAAAGAUGUUAUUGAAGUGUUAGGACGUAAGAUAUUUCCAUAUGAAAUCGAAGACGUGAUCAAAUGUAAUCCCAGUGUGCUCGACGUGAUUGUAAUUCCGGUUAAAGAGAAGGAGUCCGGAGAUCGCCUUCCUGGUGCGGCAAUUAUCUACAAAAAAGGAUGUGAAGAAACAAAGGAAUGUAUGCAGAACUUCAUCAGAAAAGAGUUUAAUAUCACAAGGGAAAGCCGUAUGUCAGAGAUGAUGUACGUUCCACAGAUCAUCCAUAUAUUUCAGGAAUUUCCCCUGAUGAAUAACGGAAAACCCGACAGACGUGGCAUCAAGCAACUUAUGCAAAAAAGCAUUGAUGAGACUAAAUAUGAAUGCGUAUUCUAGUACGAACGGCAUAUGAUCUUUUCAAAUGUACUUACCAGCGGACAUCUGUAUUUUAAUCAAAAGUAGUGAAGUAAUUUGAAAUUCUUGCUCCAGCUACUGUGAAGUUACAAAAUGUUUUGGGCCCAUUUCCGUUGAUUGCUUUAAUUUUACAGGUACAUGAAUGUAAGGACGUAAUUUUGUUUAUUAUCUUAUACCUACAAAAGGAAA